UUUAAAAGGCGGUUUUCUGUCUCUUUUUUUCUGCAAUUGGGAACUCUUAUAGGAUCUGGAUUUUAGUUUUCAGACCAAAGAACUGGCUCCCUGACCCGUCCCGUCAGGUAACAGGAGGCGUGGACACGCCCACAUCAUAUUCAACCUCGGCGUGGACACGCCCACAUCAUAUUCAACUUCAUACGAAUUAAUACAAAUGUUUAGUCACUACAAGUUAAAUGUGGGAUUUUUGACUCCUAUUUAGGCCUUUUUCUCUCUUACUUCUAAAUGAUCAUGAUUCUCAGAACCUCCUGAUCCAUAAGCUCAGUUGGAUGUUUCAUGACAUUCUCUCAAAUGUUAUUUAUUUAAAAAAUGAGAGAAGAAAGAAAACAACUCACACAAUAUAUUCUUUUUAAGAAAACCAAAGAAAAUCCUGCAGUUUUCUGUGUCUCAGCAGCAGAGGGCCUCAAGGAUUCUGGAGCCUUCAUCAUUAAGGAGUUCCCAUUAGAGGAAUGCAGAGGAAGAUAAAGUUCUCUGUGAUCAGCUCUUCCAGUCAUGAGGAUCAUUUCAGCGCCGAAGAGCUCAUGGUCCACGCCCCCACAGUCAGGGGGUGGAGAUCCAGCAGUGUCUCCAAUGUUCUGCAGGCUGUGCUCCUUUCCUCAGUACAUCCUCCUCCAGCUGGAGGGGAGGAGCCGGGUCAGGAAACUGCAGCUGCUGGCCCACCAGUACCUGAUCCCAACCAAGGUGGAGUUUCACGUUGGAGACGUCGGGCCUGAAGACGGUUCUUCAGAGCUGCAGCUGCGCAGGCUCGGGUACGUCUCUCUGUCAGACAACGAGAAGACGGGGUUUCAGGCUCGAGAGCUGAAGUCGGUCCAUGUGGAUGCUGUCGGAACGUUCCUGAAAGUGAGCCUCUACAGGAACCACGUCAACCGCCUCAACCACUACAGUCAGGCUCAUGGGAAGUCUGAAAAUGAAAGCAAAACAGGAAUAUUAGAGGUUUGUGACACCAAAUGGAAAGGACUAGAGUCACGCUGCUGCACAUCCAUUCUACCUGUUGUUGGGGGUCACGGGGUCACGGGAGUCUACCCAGCAGCUGUCAGGUUUCUUUGGUGGCCAUCAACAUUUUGGGCGAGUCUGUGGGCGCCGUCGGCUGGAUGUGCCUGUGAGGCCAUGUCCCCCUUGGAUGACUUGGCCUUCGACAUGUACCAGGACCCUAAAGUUGCUCACAUCAUCCGAAUCCUGGACCAGAAGAAGAAGGACAUGGUCCAGCAGGAGAACUUUGAACAGGCCAAGACUCUUAAACAGGCCAUCGCUGACCUGCAGAAGGUGGGGGAGCGGUUAGCUCGCUACGACGUAGAGAAGCGCCGUGCCAUUGAGGAGGAGGAGUAUGACUUGGCUAAGAAGAAGAAGGAACUGAUGGAGGAGCUCAGGAGGAACAUCUACCGGCAGCUGGAAGAGCACGACCUGCUGGACAUUGCCGUGGUGACCCCCCCACCCCCUCUUCUGGGGUCUCCAGGUUGUCACGGAGCCACCGAGCCUGAUGUGUCUGCAGAUGCUUUCAGGAAUGAAGCAAGAGGCGAUGAAAAGAUGGAGCCGCCUGACGAACAUCACAGACGAGAGGAUAAACCUCCCCCCACAGCCAAACCCCCCAGGACUGAUGUUCUCGGUGAUGAAAGGCCAUUGCUGACCCUUCAGAGGAAAGACUGGGCAUCAGGGAGCCUCCAAAGCGCUGCACUUCAAGCUGAGAAGACUCCAGCCGGGCGAGGGACGAGUCUGGAGCCGCUGACUGAGGGGGCCCAGAGAGAAGCCGGCCCUGCUGUAGACGUCUAUGGAGAAAGCCUGGUGGCAGAAGCGUAUUCUAGAAGCUGGUGUGGGCGGGAACACGCUCUGCUGGCUGUCCACGACAAGCUGCUGGAGGCGUCCUCCGCCGCCCCCAAGGAGGAGCUGAGUCACAUGAUCAGAGCGGCCGGCCCGCUGGCGAGGAGAGCCCUGCUGGAUAAGGUCCCCCCGGUCUUCUACGCCUCCCUGAAGCUGCUGCGGCUAAUCCUAGUCCAGAUAAUCCCAUGUGUGGGUCUUGGACGGGCGGAGGCAGCCCACUGCCUGCAGCAGACGUUUCCCCACCUGCUCCGGAGGACCGGGGACCGCGCGGGCCGCCCCCGCGCCGCCGCUGUCGCCUUCAUCCAGGAAAUAGCUGUUUUGAAAGAAGUCCGAAGCCUUCAGAUGAUUCCUGCAGAACUGCUGAAGCCCUUCACAUCCAACGUCCCCCCCCGGCUGGCCCAGAGUCGACUGGAGCUGCUGGAGAAGCUGCUGGCUGAGCUGGGGGCAGAGAGCUUCGCCCCAGAGGCCGUCGUCAGGUUCUGCAGGGUGGCGUUGGAGCACGGCGCCAAAGAGGUCCGCGAGCUGGCCGUGCGCAUCAUCUUGUCGCUGUACCAGCAGCACAGAGGACACGUUCUGGACCUCCUUCCUCCCCGUGAUGCUGCCACGCCGAAGAACUUCCUCUACAAGACGCUCUUUGAUGGCUUUUCCAGGAUUGAUGGAAGGCUGAUGGAGGCUCAGGACCUGAAGCAGGGUGGUGUCCUGCCGGGUGAGGAGGCCCGCUCCCUUCAGGAGCAGCUGGCAGUCCUGAAAGAGAUCACAGAAUGGGGGGGCGAAGGAGCUCCAGAAGAUCCGCACAGACCGACCCAGGAGCCCCCGAAGGCCGCCAAAGCAGUCUCAGGUCUCACCAAAGGAGACGGGAAGAGGGGCGGGGCAAACGCUCAACAGCCCGCCGAGCAUCUGGAUCAUUUGUGCAUCUUCUGCGGCGAGAAGGACGAGUCUUUCACCGAGGACGGACUGGACCUGCAUUACUGGAGACACUGUCCGAUGCUGCACCGAUGCCACGAGUGCGGACAGGUGGUGGAGAUCUCUGGCCUCAGCCGCCACCUUUUGGACGAAUGUGAGAGCCGGUCCAGGUUCAGGCGGUGCCCCCGCUGCUGCCAGGCUCUGCCCGCUGAGGAUUUGAACCGACACCUUCAGGGUUCCUCCUGCCGCUCGUCUGGAGAAGGAAGCUGCUGUCCUCUGUGCCGCUGCAACUUCCUGCCGGGAGAGGAGGGAGGGCCGACAAACCGGGGCCCCCGUGUCCAGCGAGGGCCAGAACCGGGCCUGUGGGCAGAUGCAGUCGGACCUCCUUCAAACGCUGAGGAACCACGCCGGUUCCACGGUUCCCCGUCACAGAACGGGACUGGAGUGAACCAGGAGUCCGGUGGGAAAUGUGACCCAAAGGCGGAGCCACCACCCUGUUCCUGAGACGCCGUGUGUCUGUGUUCAUCAGAAACGGAGACAAACCCUUCCAGAUGUUCAGCAGAAGAGAGGGCAGCUUUUCCAGCUGGGAGGGCAGUUAGGGGCAACAUGAGAUCCUGACUUGAAAUCUGAGGUUGCUGCUUGGUAACGGGAAACUGCAUCUCCUGAGUAUCCAUGUUCCUGCAGACACCUCUGCAGACAGGUUCCUGCAGGCACGUCUGCAGAUGGGUUCAUGCAGUGCAGACACGUCUGCAGACGGGUUCCUGCAGACAGAACCAUCUGCUUUUCAGGAUCAUUCGAUUUUUCUGCCUCAUCUAAAAUGAUCAAAAGGAGAAAGGAUUCAGUAAAAAGGCUCCCUUGCUCCUCUCUGGUGUGAUCAAUGAUUGUAUGUAAUCAAUCACCCACACCUGUGAUACACUGAGGCUGAAGCAGGAAAGAACGAUGGAACACGGUUUUAGAAAUUCUCUUCAGGAGUGAAAUCAGAGAAGAUCCGAAACGUUUCAGACGCAGAAAGAUGCUGCUGAGAGACGGAACCUUGUGUUUUUAUUUCUCUGACCAUCUGCUGAUGGACAUCUUCCACCAGAACCCUCUACAACAGAUCAGCCAAUCCUGAAGAAGAUUCCUCUGACGGUCUCCUUCAUCUCCACCUGAAGCUCGGAGUUUCUUUCUGAUGGGGUCUAAACUGCAUCAGCUCCUCCAGCAGAAAUGAAACGGACCUGACAGUGUCUGAAGUGCAGUCAGUCUUUCCUGAAACCACAGAUUUGCCAGAACGUUGUUGUGUUUUUCUAGCACUUGUAUUUCUAUGUAUGAAUUAAAGCAGCUCUGCUCUGUCUGUGUUUUA